UCCAAUACUGGACAGUUGUUACUCGUACACAGAAACGGGAAAGACAAUUCUCUUUUAUUUCGGGUUUUAUUCUGUGAAUGUGCCCUUUGCCCCUUUAUUUACGCACUGAACUGCGCCAUUCUGAAUGCCUUUUUCUUGCAGUCUUUAGCUCUCCGUCGUGUGUUCCCCGUAUAUAUAGCUGCCUAGAGAUAUUUGUAUACCGCCUUUGCUCAGUUCGCUGUAAGGCGCAUACAAAAGUUGCAGCGGUCGCGCAGCUCGUGCUAAUGUGUUAGCUAAUGUGCUCGAGCUCUCAAACGAUCGAGCCGUCUUAAGUAUGGAAACGGCUUAUAUUCGCUGUUGACAGACUGUAAACGGCGUCGUUGGUUUAAAAUGACACGGUGGGAAUGACAAGCUAGUGCUACCGUUUCUGUUUCGAUCGCGUGCAACUGAAGCGGCGGUAUUUGUGUGUUCGGUGACAUUAGCGUCACUGUCAGCUCGUUUGUCGACUUGGCGCGGGUUUUAUUCAGCUUUUGUUGUGUUUUUGUAUUCGCAUGGCUGGAGGGUAACUUGUACUGGAGUUUUUGUUUUUUUGUCGGAGGGGCGUUUACCGUGUUGAAGCUAGCAGGGGCUUUUUGACGGGUAGAUCUCGGGCUGUCGGGAGUUUGACAAGCAGCUCGUGCUUAUGUAAUGCUGGCGAUUCCCCGCUCGACCGCAAACGACGAAUAAACAGCGGGUGUUCAGAGUGCGUCGAAGUUUAUAUCGUGACACGACUUGUAUGCGUCGUCGUUACGGUGCAUUUCUGUGUUUUUUUCCCCCUCGAGUUGUUUGUGCGACUCGCACAGUGUGUCGAAGCCGCAGCGCGUCUCGUAAAAUCUAUUGACCAUGCGGGAAGUUCAACGAAAAACUAUCGCGGACACCAUCUGAACGCUUAAACAGCUUUGGACUUGUAUAGAAAUGCAUUUUUCGUCAUAAAUCUUGUAAAGCGGGAUUAAGAUAUGGACAGUGGACAAAAACGCAGCAGUAACAAUGGUGAGAAUUUAACUCUCGGGGAUUGUAUCGAGAGAGGCUUCGUGCCUGAUAUUGGUGUCAAUGUGUCCGCUUUAAAUACGUCAAAAGAUUUCUCAAACGGACAGAGCGGUAGUGACGCUCAAAGAAAUCUCUCUCUGGCAGACCCAUCCUUAUUGGGACGUAACACACAAGAACCAGCUGUUAAGGCAUUUAAACCUUUCAGAAUGCAGCACCAGCAAAAGGUAAAAGAGCCCCUCAACAUUGGGGAGAACUUUUCGCUCUUGGACGAGAGCAUUGCAGACUUAAAUCGUGGCUCUAGCAUCCAGGCCCCUGACACUUUUACAAUGAAAAUGGAGCAGUUUUCCCCCAUGGAAAAGGAUAGGCUGGACUUUCCAUCCUAUGGCCACAUGGAUAAGGAAUUGGAUAGUAAUGAGAGAGUGAUUGGUGACAACACCAUUGACAUCCUCAAGGAUCUGGACUUACCUGACUCCCUAUCUGACCUGAAUGAGCUAUACGUUGCUGACGAGGCUGCCUUUCUUUCCUCGUUGGCAGUGGAUGAUGCCCUGCUGGGAGAGAGCAACUUUCUGAAGGAUACCAGCCCUGUUGUCACUGGCAACAGUGCAGCCUGUGCAAAUGUGAACGGCAUGGGGAAACGGCAGCAGAUGGUGGAAGCCAGUGUCAACAUCAAGACCGAGAAAGACGCAGACUUUAUCCAGCUGUGUACGCCGGGUGUCAUCAAACAGGAGACUGAGAGGCGGAGCUACUGUCAGAUGUCAGGGAUGGGUGGUCCUCACAGUGGGCCCACCACUUUGGGAGACAUGGGCGGACAGGGAUACCACUAUGGAGCCAACACCGCCUCAGCUGUGAGUUUACCAGAUCAGAAACCUCCAUUCGGCCUGUUUUCUCCCCUACCCACCUUAAGUGAUGGCUGGGUUCGAGGAAAUGGAUAUGGAGAUCCGUCUGGGAUGCAGAGAGCCAAUGAGACAGUACUUCCGUCCACCUAUCCAUACAGCAGGCCUGAAGCGAGCGCCUCCAGUUCGUCUGGAUCAGUCAAGCCCGGCGGAAACACCCAUAAGAUCUGCCUGGUGUGCUCCGAUGAGGCCUCUGGGUGUCAUUAUGGGGUGCUCACCUGUGGCAGCUGCAAGGUUUUCUUCAAAAGAGCCGUAGAGGGAUGGAGAGCACGACAAAACGCAGAUGGGCAGCACAACUAUCUCUGCGCUGGAAGGAAUGAUUGCAUCAUCGACAAGAUAAGAAGGAAAAACUGCCCGGCAUGCCGCUUUCGCAAGUGUCUCCAGGCCGGCAUGAACUUGGAAGCUCGAAAAAACAAGAAACUGAUGCGAUUACGGGGUCAUUCGUCCUCAAGUGAGCAGGCCCCAGCUCUGCCUGAAGAGCGCAUGUGUUCGCUGGUGCCCAAAGCCAUGCCCCAGCUGGUGCCCACCAUGCUGUCCCUGCUCAAAGCCAUUGAGCCUGAGAUCAUUUACGCGGGUUACGACAGCACCAUCCCGGACACCUCCACCCGCAUCAUGACCACACUUAACCGUCUGGGAGGCCGUCAGGUCAUCUCUGCAGUCAAGUGGGCUAAAGCCCUUCCUGGUGAGCCCUCAGUAUUCGCUAAAAUACAGUUAAUCAUUACUCAACCAUUUAUUUUGUUUUGUUUUGUUUUGUUUUAAUCAUUAUUUACCAAU